GGAGAAGAAGUCGCAGUCAAAAGAUUGUCAAAAACUUCGGGGCAGGGUCUUGAAGAGUUCAAGAAUGAAGUCGUGUUGAUUGCCAAGCUUCAACAUAGAAACCUCGUCAGGCUUCUUGGAUGUUGCAUUGAAGAAGAGGAAAUGAUGCUAAUAUAUGAAUACUUACAGAAUAAGAGCUUGGAUAAUUUUGUUUUUGAUCAAGAUCGAAGGAAAAUUUUGACAUGGCCUAAGCGCUUUGACAUUAUCAUGGGAAUCGCAAAGGGACUGCUUUAUCUCCACCAUGAUUCCAGGCUCAAGAUUAUCCACCGGGAUCUCAAAACAAGUAACAUUUUACUAGAUGCAAGUUUAAAUCCAAAAAUAUCAGACUUUGGCUUAGCAAGAACGUUUGAAGAGGAUCAAUGUCUAUCUAGAACAAAGAGAGUUGUUGGAACAUAUGGCUAUAUGGCUCCAGAAUAUGCAUUUCAUGGGAAAUUCUCUGUGAAGUCUGACAUCUAUAGUCUUGGAGUGGUACUGCUAGAGAUAAUAAGUGGGAAAAAGAUAAGAGGAUUUCAAUACAACGAUCAUCAUCAUAGCCUUCUAGGCCAUGCAUGGAUGCUAUGGAAAGAGAAGAGCAUUAUGAAAAUGAUGGACGAAUGUUUGAUGGCAACAUGUGUUGAAUCUCAAGUGACGAGAUGCAUACAUGUGGGGCUAUUAUGUGUUCAAAAUUUCGCAGAAGAUAGACCAAUCAUGCCAUCAGUGGUUUUAAUGUUAGCAAGUGAUGGAGCACUCCUGCCUGAACCUAAUGAGCCGGGAUAUUACACUAACGGGAGUUGUAGCCCUUCACGAAGCUCUAAAUCACCUUGUAUAAAGUCCGAGAAUGGCACACUUACCUUUACCGACUUGGAGGCCAGGUGAGAGAUUGCUACCUAAUUGCUCUAAUGUAUUUGAGUUCCUAGAUCAGCCACCUGGUUGGUUGGAGCUUCUAUGUUUAUGUUCAGAUUGAGAGUUGUAUAAUUUGUAGAUGUAAGAUAAAUUACAGAAGUU